CACGCGACAACACCGCCCAUCAUGAAGGGUGCUAUGAUGACAGCAGCUGUGCUGCUUGGCACCGCCGAGGCCGGUGUCCACAAGCUCAAGAUGAAGAAGAUUCCCUUGGAGGACCAGCUUAAAACGUUCGACCUCAGUGCGCAGAUGCGAGGUCUCGGCCAGAAGUACCUCGGCAUCCGUCCUGAAUCUCACCAGCAGGCUGUCUUCAGCAACGAUGCCGUUCAAGCCAGCGGUAAUCACCCUGUGCCGAUCAGCAACUUCAUGAACGCGCAGUACUUCUCCGAGAUCACCAUCGGCACUCCUCCCCAGAAUUUCAAGGUCAUUCUUGAUACUGGAAGCUCCAACCUUUGGGUCCCCUCCUCGUCUUGCGGGUCUAUCGCUUGCUAUCUUCACAACAAGUACGACUCGUCUUCGUCGUCGACCUACAAGAAGAACGGCACCGAGUUUAAGAUCCAAUAUGGCUCCGGCAGCAUGGAGGGUUUUGUUUCCAACGAUGUUAUGACCAUCGGUGACCUGAAGCUCAAAAACCUUGACUUCGCCGAGGCUACUAAGGAACCUGGCCUGGCCUUUGCCUUUGGCCGGUUCGACGGAAUCCUCGGUAUGGGAUUCGACAGGCUGUCUGUGAACAAGAUCGUGCCGCCUUUCUACGCCAUGGUCGACCAGAAGCUCAUUGACGAGCCUGUGUUCGCCUUUUACCUCGCCGAUGAGAAGUCGGAGUCCGAGGUUGUCUUUGGUGGCGUCAACAAGGACCACAUCGAUGGCAAGAUCACCGAGAUCCCCCUGCGCAGGAAGGCUUACUGGGAGGUUGACCUCGACGCCAUUGCUCUUGGCGAUGAGGUUGCCGAGCUCGACAACACCGGUGUCAUCCUCGACACCGGCACCUCGCUCAUCGCCCUUCCCAGCCAGCUUGCCGAGCUUCUGAACGCCCAGAUUGGCGCCAAGAAGGGCUACAACGGCCAGUACUCGAUUGACUGCGACAAGCGCAAGGACCUCCCUGAUAUCACCUUCAGGCUCAGCGGGUACGAUUUCCCCAUCAGCGCCUAUGACUACAUCUUGGAGGUGUCGGGCAGCUGCAUUUCGACCUUCAUGGCUAUGGAUAUCCCUGAGCCUGUCGGUCCUCUUGCUAUCCUGGGCGAUGCAUUCCUGCGCCGCUACUACUCUAUUUAUGACCUUGGCAAGGGAACUGUUGGUCUGGCCAAGGCCAAAUAA